AUGAUCGCUCUCACUAUUGUAGCCGUCUACUUGGGAGACACUGGAAAACAUGUCGAUUUCGCCAAAUCAAACAACGUCAUAACAAUGAGCAGAGCUGAGCUAAAGUACCUUUCCUUGUUGGAUAUCCUCUAUACCACUAGCAUCGCCAUUAUCAAAGCUUCCAUCCUGACUAUGUACUAUCGAAUACUUCCUACCCGAUUUGUUAAGAUCAGUGUAUCGGUGCUUGGAGUAAUUGUGUUCAUGUGGUGGUUCGAGGGCUGCCUUGUCACAGUGUUCCAAUGCCAGCCAAUCCAGAAGGCCUGGGGCAUGUCAACUUUAGAGGGCCGGUGCAUUGACAAGGGCAAAUGGUACUUCGCUGCUGCGGUCCCGAAUAUUGUCACUGAUGUGGCAAUUUUGACAGUACCAAUCUAUGAGAUUUGGCGACUGAGAUUACCUAAUGCUCAGAAGUUUGCCAUUGCUAGCACCUUUCUACUGGGCGGAUUCGUCACUAUUGUCAGUUGCAUCCGAGCUAGAUGCGUCCUUAACCUUCACGAGGGGGACAAUACAGACUUCAUAUCGUGUGUCUGGUGGUGGUCUGUCGUGGAGAUUUCAAUUGGAUGUGUCUGCGCCUGUCUCCCGACACUGCUACCCGUGGUUCGCUUUUUGUUCAGACACUUACGCGGCCGUGGGGAGAAGGGCAAUACCGCGACUAAGUGCGUAAACGGCGUCGCGACUAUUGGCAGUUCACCGACUAGGAGGCACCCGCCUACAAGCCCUCACAGAGCUGGAACAUGCGCUGGACAGAACGAGGAAGGAGCCUCUGCCAGUGACCUAUACCUGCAAUUUGAGGAAAGCUCAAAUGACCGAAACUCUUUUGUUUCUGACGAGCUAGAACCGGGCCUACGAAAUGACGGAAUUACCAUGGAUACCAUGACAGGAGCUCGCACAAAUCAGGAAAUACCCCAGUAG